AUGCAGCAAUACAAGUCCCGGCUAAUGGCGAAAAGCUCCCUGCAAAAGCAGAGGAAUGACUUCGACGAGGUCUACGUCCCAGUGAGCAAGCACACGACGUUGCGAGUCAUAACCGAGAAGCGGGUCUACUUUCUGGUGUGGGUAGUAGACGACAUCCUCGUGGCAGCCGGAGGAGAGAGCGCAUUGGCGAAGGUGAAGGCGCACUUGGCCAGAAAGUUCAACGUGCGCAAUCCGGAGAAUACGAAACGCUUCUUCCGGAUGGAGCUGACACGCAACAUCGGUCACGCGCUUGCGCGCUACAUGGCAAGGCCGACGAAGGCGCACUGGCAGGCGGCGCUUGAUGUGGUGCCCUACUUGGCGAGGACGGUAGAGGACGGAAGGAGCGAGGAGACUCUCGUCAAUUCCUAUAACACCAAUUACGCGGGUGACGUGCACACGAGGCGGUCCACAACGGGGUACGUCUUCAAGGUGUACGAUAGUCGAGCAAAUUGCAGCCAGCAGUGGCGGCUCGGAAGUGGAAGCUGA